CUCCACGAAUAUAUUUAACGAAGGAUUUUAAACUGUCGUAAUCACUGGUUGAUUAUUGUUGGUGCGGCUGGCAAUUAUACUUAUAUCUGUGUGAUAUCUAAAAAUUGUAUUAGAUCGAAUAUUACCAAGAUUUACUUCGGAAUACUUUUUAGAAAAAUGGAACUACCAAAUUUAUUUUUUCUUCUUAUUUUAAUUACACAAGCAAGGGGAGCAAGUUAUAAUUAUGACAGUAACGGAGAUGAUUGGACAACAGGAGUUUGUUCUACAGGCACUAAGCAGUCACCAAUCAAUAUAGUUCUUUCGUCAGCUUCAGUCGACACUUCACUUGGAGAGUUUGUCCUUACAAACUAUGACGAUGACAGCAAAUAUGGAGUUAUUAAGAAUAACGGACAUACAAUUCAAGUUGAUAUGGCAGACGACACCGUUACUUUGAAUGGUGGUGGACUAGACGGUGGACCGUUUAUAUUGGCACAGUUUCAUUUCCACUGGGGAACAUCAGAUUCAACGGGAUCCGAGCACACAGUUGAUGGAAACAGGUCUCCGCUUGAAAUUCAUUUUGUACAUUACAAACAGUCAUUAGGUGACCUUAGUACUGCAGCAGGAACCGCCGAUGGACUAGCUGUCCUUGGAUUUUUUUUCGAGGUAUAUCCAUCAGACAACGCAUACCUUGAUCCCUUCCUUGACGCAAUAUCUAGCGUUGCAAAGAAAGAUCAAAACGCUACCUUGUCAUCACCACCUGUAAUUGACGCAAUAUUUCAAAAUGUGAAUACAUCAUUGUUCGUGAGAUACAGUGGAGGUUUAACAACACCAGGUUGUAACGAAGUUGUUCAGUGGACAGUUUUCACUGAGAAAAUUCGCAUCUCUAGUGUUCAAUUGGCCAAGAUCAGACUCAGUUACCAGGACACAAGUGGAGCAACAGCAAUAGGAAAAAAUUACCGUUCAACUCAGAGUAUCAAUUCUCGUACUGUCAAAAUCUCGUAUGAUCCCAGUAUAAGUGCUGCACCAAUUCUUACUCUAAAUAUGCUGUUUCUAUUACUUUCAGCUAUUGUUGGAUUUUUGUACUGCCAAAUAUGACAUUCAUCCAUGUAACAAUUUAGUUUUGUUUUUUUUGACAAUCGCAUUUAAACAGAACAGCUACUUUUAACUUGAGACUAAAUAGAAAGUAAAUCCUCAAAAAGUUAAAAAGUAAUAUCAUUUGUACGAUACACAUUCAUAUUGAAUAUCAAAAGUGAACAAAUAAUUUUCAUGUUAUUUCUCAUUGAUUUUUAGUUAAAUAUCAAUUUUAAAUAAUAUGUCCUCAUCGUAGUCAUAUGAAUUAACUACGGCAGUUUCGUUGUAUCAAAGAUGUAUAGUAUAUAUGAUAUUAAAAUGUCUUUGCUUGUAUCAUUAAUAUCAUCAAUGUAGUUAACUUGAAUUUGUAACAUUUUAACCAUUGUUGAAUUUUAGGUUUAAUAUAGUUUAUAUAUGUAA